AUGGAAUUGCAUGAAAUUAAUUGGGCAAAUAACCUUGAUGCUGAUAUUACAUCAUCCCCUUCCACAAUCAAAGUUGAACCGGAUAAUAUCACUUUUCUUGAUGAUAUUGGAAAGGAAAUUAAACCUCAAUUACUUGAUACACCAACUUCAUUAAAACUUAAAUCUUUAAAAUUGCAUGGCGCUUCUGGUGGAGUUUAUGAAAGUGUUAUAAUUAAUUGCGACCAAAUUAAAUUCCUUUGCUUGGCUAAUCUUUAUCAUAAUGACAAUUCUCGAUUAUACGGAAUGAUUACUCGUAAUAACAAACGUCUAAAAUAUCUUACAAUUUCAUCUUUCAUGAAAGAGCUUGAGCUCUUUUCUGGUCGAUUAUAG